UGGGAGUGGACCAAUCGCCAGAGGGAUGAACGCCGCCACAGCCACCACCGGCUGCAACGACUCGGCGGCGCGGAGGAAGGGACGGUAUCCUCGAGGGGCCCAUGAGUCUCACAGCGCGAUAAUAUACCUUAUUAUAACGCAUUCGCGCGCCGCCGCCGCCGCUUUAUACGCGCACAUAUACGCACGACGGGGGACGUGGCGGAGCGUUUUAUGUGUGGACGGAGAUGCGCGAGCGCACGCGCGAAGGGACGACGGCGGAGGAAUUGACUGCUGCGUGGGGCGGAGAGUCUGCAGAGUGGGUGAGAGCGAGACGGGACAGACAGUCGGACCAGAUAUAUCGUCGUCAGCCAAACCGGAAAGGACGUUCAAUAUUAAAAACCGAUUUAUACUCUCCUCCACCCCCCCCCCCCCCACCCACGGACGCGGCGGCGUUCGCUAUAAGCCCGUCGUCUCCGGUCAUCCGCCCCUUCGCGCGCCGCGCCUACCGCCGGCCUAUAUCCUGCCGCUCUACCGCCGCCUCCGGUUCCGCGGCCGAUCGUUUCUCCGACACGCGUCACGACCGAUCUUUUUGUCGUCCACGCGAACCCAAACGCUCGCACACACGCGACAGUCCACACGUACACGCGACACGCUCGACGCGACCGACCGCCGCACAAGCAGCUGCAGUCUUGUAAACGCCGUCGCCGGUCGCCGAUAUCCGCAACACUGCUUUGUCGUCCGUCGAUUGGCCGUCGCAAAACCGAUCCGCCGUCGCCGUCGCGUCACCGUUCCGUCGCCGAAUAUAAGGCCGUAUUAAGACUGUAAUGGUUUUUAUACAAAAUACAAAAUUUUUGAUCGAGAAAUGCACAACUCAACGUACGCUUGUUUGUCAAGAUCAAACCCUUCAAAUCAAUCGUCGUCCGAUCAGGAAGGCAUAGAUCGUCAAAACAGUUUAAUGUUUACCAAACUUCCAUUGCCAAAAUUAGAAAAUGAUUUACAAAAUUAUAAUUUGAGGUUGGACACCAGACCAAACUCUGAACAGAACAAAGAUGGUACUACAGAUCAAACGAUAAGAAGGUAUAGAACAGCAUUCACGAGAGAACAGUUGCUUCGAUUAGAAAAAGAAUUUUACAAAGAAAAUUAUGUUUCCCGGCCGAGAAGAUGUGAACUUGCCACCGAAUUAAAUCUUCCCGAAUCGACGAUAAAGGUGUGGUUCCAAAACCGGCGGAUGAAGGACAAACGGCAAAGGAUCGCCAUGGCGUGGCCGUACGCCGUGUACACGGACCCGACGUUUGCGGCUACGGUGCUCCAAGCGGCCGCGGCCAGCGCGCACGCCAACGGCACGCUGCCGGACAUAGCGGCCAUCGCCAACGCCUACCAAUACUCGGCUGCAGCGGCGGCCGCGGCCGCAGGGCCUUCGUAUUUUCACGGUCCCGGCGGUGGCGGCGGUGGCGAGUACGGUAAGUUCCAGCCUCAGCAUUACGUCGGCCCGGUGCCACCACCGCCCCCGGCGCCGCCCACCCAGUCACUUCAGCAGAUGAUGAAGAAACCGUUCGGGCCGUUCGCCGGCCACCAUCACCACCAUCACCAUCACCAUCAGUUCACGUCGGCGGCGGACGUUGCUGCUAUGUCCGCGGCCGCCGACGCCUCCGUGGCCGAGUCGUCGUCCAACAACGGCAACCAGCACGCGGCCGCCUAUGACGGCCACAAGGCUGCGGCGGCCGAUCGCAAAACGCCGACGGCCACCGCGGUGGUGGUGGUGGACAACAACAAGACGACCAACACGACGACCGCGGCGGCAGCAACGUCGUCGUCGUCGUCGUCAUCGGCCGCGGACGCCGCCGAUUUUUCCGGCACGAGCUGCAAGUGCGGCAUAGUCGAUUGCGUGCUGACCACUUCCGGCAAGUCGGUAAACAGCAACGGUGCGAUGGACGAGUCUACGCCACCGGCCGCCGUCGACCGCUUGCCGCCACAGCUGUUUUUCAUGACUUCCGGCGGACCGGAAACCGGCAGGGACGACAUACAGUCGGCCGAAUGUUCGUUGGCCGUCCACAAGCACGUCUACCACAAAGAGUACGCCAAAAACAAACUGUUCCAGCCCUACAAAUCGGACGUGACUACCGCGAAACUCAAUCUGUAAACUAUAAUUUAACACACAUAUAUACAUAUAAUUUUAUUAUUAUUAUCUUCAGUAGUUUUUGGUAAUAAGUUCAAUUAAUGAAUUUAUUAUAAAUAGUACGACUCCCGUCGCAACACUAUAAUAUUAUUAUAAAUUAUUAUAAAUAUAAUAAACAAUAUUAGACUGCAAUUUAACACCUGUAUGGUAAUGAUAAUAAUAAUAUAAAAGAUUAUAGGCGCAUCUUACAGGUCAUGUCUCCUAUCAUGUACAUGCACAACCUGUGAAAUUUGACAAAACACGACGUGUAAAUGCGAUGUAUCAAUAAUAAUAUUUCGACUCCUUUCAUAUAUCGGUAAUUUUUAUCUCUUCGAUAAAUUAUUAUUUUCUACACUCGUGAUAUGGUAAUAAAAAUGUUUUCUUCAAAUGUUGGUGAUUUAACUCCUUAUUUCCCGCCUCGUUUCACAUUUUGCUAAGCUUGUGCACGAUACAUGAAAACAGUUUAAACAUGCAUGUCGCAUGUGAUAUAUAGGUACUUUAUUCAAUAAUAUAUAUAUUAUAUUAAUAUUAAACACAAUACGAUUAUCUCAUUUGUGCACAACGAAAUUAUUACAAUAAAUCGCGUACAGGGUGUGUAAACAUAGGUAAUUAAAAUAAAACGUAUAAUGUUUGUGUUGUGUGAAGACCAACCACGGACUCUAAUUUCAUCCGUAAUACAAUAAAUUAUUUAUAUAAGAUUAUACUAACCUUGAUUAAGUACCAAUAUAAUAUUAUUGUUUCACUAAAUUCUAAACUCCGGAGAUAAAUGCAUAUUAGACGCUCAUUUCGAUGUCGAAAUCUUAACGGCCAAUUAUGCAUUCCAUUAGACAUCAUGGUCAUAAAACAAAACUAUCGACGCUUACCCCUUGAAAAUUUCCCAUUGUGGCCUUCGUUUACACACUAUGAUCGUUUAUAAUCUUGGAAGUCUCUCGCAGAAUUUUCGUUUCUACACAGCGUGUACCUACUCAAAUUAAAAUAGACGCAUUCAUAUACAAACAGUGGUAACUAUUUUCGUAUUAUAUUAAAUUCAAUUUUUCUGAUACAGACCCAGGUACAUAUGUUUUCUAUUUGGUUUCAGAUAAAACCUUUUUUAAGAAUCAGAAUUAAAAAAGGAAUUUUUCGUACAACAGAAAAAUUAGGAUAAAAUUAAAAAUUUAAUUUAAUUUUAACUUAAGAUAAACUUAAAAUAAAAACUCCAUCUAUCAACAAUCACAAAUUGCAAAGCGUAAAAUAUUUUUAUCGGUUCGUUUGGAAAGAUUUUAUUACGAAAUUAUUCACUAAUAACACUAAUAACAUUCAGAACUCCAUGCCCCGUGGAUAUGAAGCCCCAUACCUUUCGUAAGAUGCCCAAAGUAAUUAAUAGAGACCCUUUCCAAAUGGCCUCAGCUGGGUAUAUUAUGGCGAUAUAACGAACAACGGGUAUUUCCUUAUAUAAUGUCGGCUUGGUUGCCAUAGUUUAUAUAGAUAAAAUAAAAUGUAUAGAACACAACAGACCCCCGCCCCUACUUCUUUGACAUUCAAUAAAAUACCCAGAUAACCAAUUAUUAUUUAUUUAUCAUCUUGUACAUUAUACAAUAUACAUUAUAUACCCUAGGCCGGUCAACACAACGAUAAUGUAUGUGUAUAACUUUCAAAUUUCCUUUAAAUGUUAAUAAUGAUACGUUUUAUUAUUUCAUGGUACAUCAUUGGAGAAUGGAGAUAAUUAUUACAGAUCUCUUACUUUCUAACUAUGAAUAAACGAUGAAUUUGUUAAUAUGACAUAAAUAUACGAGUCAACUGAUAUAAAUAUUGGAAAACUAUAUGAAUAUAAUAAAGAAUGUUUAGUAAAACAAGAUUAAGAAACUAAGAUAAUAUAUAUAAUAUUAUAUUAAAUGUAUAGAACUUACAAAAUAUUCCUACUGCAAUAAUAUUAAUAGGGUUUAAGGCCAAAAAAUUUUAAGGUAGAAUUAUAUAUGUGUAUAAAAGUAUGUAUAAAUAUUUUUGUUUUUCAUUUAUAUUUUGAGCAAAUUAAAUUAUAAUUUGUGCAAUAAUGGUAAAUAUUUGAAAACUUUGAUAGUUUUCAUUAAAAAUUAUUUAGGCAAAACAUUCCAAAACAACUUUAAAACAAUUUAUAUGAAAUGCAAAUUGAUAAAAAAACAAAAAAAACCAAAUUGAUAUUACACAGUAAAAAAAUUCAUAUUUUUAUACUAAUCGCCUAUCACGAUUAAAAUAAACGAAAUAAUUUAAUACAUUGUUUCAUUUUUUAGGGUACAUACUAAAAAUCCGUUU